AUGUCACUGGCUAGAAGUAGACUUAUAAAGGAAGUUAGAGAAAUUUCCAAACUGGACGACCCAAACAUAAGGCUAUACGUAUCGGAUUCCAAUAUAUUUCGGUGGACCGCCUAUAUACGAGGCCCAGAGGGAACUCCAUACGAGAAUGGAAUCUAUAAGCUGUCGAUAAAUUGCCCAAGUUCGUAUCCAAUUCAGCCACCCACUGUUCAAUUUUUAACCAAAUGUUUCCACCCAAAUAUAAACUUUCAAACAGGAGAACUAUGUAUGGAUAUUCUUAAAACCAAUUGGAGUCCAGCCUGGACAAUGCAGUACCUUUGCAGAGGUGUAAUAUAUGUUUUAACAUACCCGAAUUCCGACAGCCCACUGAAUUGCGAUGCCGGUAAUCUGCUUAGAUCUGGAGACCUGAUCGGAUACAAAUCAAUGGCACAAAUGUAUACACACGAAUAUGCCCUUAAAGAGUUCCCCUCUAGUGGAAAAAGUUGA